GGCGGCUUAACGCCACCCGUCUGUCCCAGUGUCGUUUUCAGCCUCCCCUUCCUCGAGUUGUGAGCGUCCAGGAAAUGUCGUGGAAAGUGGCUGGCGCAGAGCGGGCACCGCGCGGUAGCCGCGUGAAACAAGCAGUGUCCGUGGCCAAGUACAUGGUAUGGUCAUGUGACAGAGUAUUAUGCAGCAGUGAACGUAAAGAAACAGCUGUCGACACGCUUGGCUCGUAAAACUGAGCAAGAAAAGGUUACGGAAUGGUUGCACACAGACGGUACCGUUUACGGACCGGUUAAAAAGGUCACGCAGAUGUCUGUGUGCUGAGUGGGGAGCCGCGUGGGGUGAUGAGCCCCGGACUCAGGAUGGAGUUUACCCCUUGCCGUGUUUACGUCUGGGACGGGUGGUGGGUGCACCGUGCUUCUUACGGUAUUCUGUCCACCUUUGUGUGCAUUCCGAGUAUUUUAAAGAAGGAAAUGAGUUUUGAUGUGGAUUUCAUGUGGAUCACCGACUGUGACGAAUCUGUAAAGCUGAGGGUCUGCCUUACAAAAACCGUGGGAACGGAGACACAGGCAAGGCCGGGUUCCAGAGUAGGGGCUCACUUGGAGGAGGAAUUUUGGCGUAUAGUGAUAACUUUUGAGCUGCGGGCGUAAAACUUCUGUGGUGGUAAAAGUGGAAAUCAGUAAUUUACGUUCCUCCCACUUUUCAGGUCCGAGAACUGAUUCCUGUAAGUGCUGAUGCUUCGUUUCAGGGUCCUCGGCCAUGGGGGAGCCUCUGACUUGCAGAGGGGAGCCUCAGGCUCCUAACCGCCAGCUCAUGGCCUACUGGCUGCAGGAGCUCCAGCAGAAGAGGUGGGAGUACUGCAACGGCCUGGACGCCGCCACGUGGGACAGCAGGGCCUCCCCGGCCCCGGGGGACUUCUCGCAGGGUCUGGUAGCCAGAGACAACUCAGAUGUAAUUUACCCGCACCCAGAUGCCUCUGCAGAAAAAGCCAGAAAUGUCCUCGCUGUGGAAACCGCCCCCGGAGAGCUGGAGCAAGCAGCUCACCAGCCAGCCGCAGGGCACCCCAAUUCCAGUAAUUUCUCUUUCAAACAGUGGGGCACUGAGCUCAAAAAUUCAAUGUCGUCUUUCCGUCCUGGGAGAGGACACGGUGAGAGUCGCAAGAGUGUGUUUUAUACCAAUGAAGAGUGGGAGCUUUUAGACCCGAACCCUAAGGACCUGGAGGAGUCAAUGGUGCAGGAAGAGAGGAGGAAGCAGGCGCCCGAAGGAAACAAAGGAGGAACCAGCUCAGGAUUUCCCUUUGAUUUUGGACGUAUUCCCUACAAAGGAAAGCGCCCUUUGAGAGACAUGAUCGGGUCCUACAAGAACCGUCACGUCAGUGGUGACCCUUCCGCCGAGGGGCCGCAGAGCAGUGGCGGCGUCGGCAAGCCGGCCCCCGAAACGCAGUUGCAGAGCCAGCAGGAGGAGCUGGAGCGGCUGAAGAAAGACCUGUCCAGUCAGAAGGAGCUUGUGCGGCUGCUGCAGCAGACGGUCCGGUCGUCCCAGUAUGACAAGUACUUCGCCAGCAGCCGGCUCUCCGAGGGGGUCCCGAAGGACGCGCUCGACCUUCUGCACCGCAAGGAUGACCAGAUCCUGGGCCUCAGCGGCCAGCUGGAGAGGCUCACCCUGGAGAGGGAGAGUCUGCAGCAGGAAGUGAGGACGCUCAAGGGCAAGGUGGGCGAGCUCAGCGAGCAGCUGGGGAUGCUGGUGGAGACCAUCCAGGCCAAGGACGAGGUCAUCAUGAAGCUCUCGCGCCAGCUCAGCGAGAGCGAGGACAGUACGUCAUCCCCCACGGGGGUGCCCGGCUCCCCCGCCGGCAGGGAGCAGCUGGAGCUGGACAGGCUGAAAGACAGCCUCCAGGGGUAUAAAACCCAGAAUAAGUUUCUCAACAAGGAGAUUCUGGAGCUCUCGGCGCUGCGGAGAAACGCAGAAAGGAGGGAGCGGGAUCUGAUGGCCAAGUAUUCCAGCCUGGAAGCCAAGCUCUGCCAGAUAGAAAGCAAAUACCUGAUUCUGCUGCAAGAAAUGAAGACGCCCGUGUGCUCGGAAGAGCAGGGGCCCUCCCGCGAGGUCAUCGCCCAGCUGCUGGAGGACGCUCUGCAGGUGGAGGGCCCGGAGCAGCCGGAGCAGGCAUUCGUGAAGCCUCGUCUCGUCAGCGAGUACGACAUCUACGGGUUCAGGACCGUCCCAGAGGACGACGAGGAGGAGAAGCUGGUGGCCAAGGUCCGCGCGCUGGACCUGAAGACGCUGCACCUCACGGAAAACCAGGAAGUGUCCACCGGCGUCAAGUGGGAAAACUACUUCGCGAGCACGAUGACCAGGGAGAUGGCGCGCUCUCCGGAGCUGAAGAGCCUGAUCCGGGCGGGCAUCCCGCACGAGCACCGUUCCAAGGUGUGGAAGUGGUGCGUGGACCUCCACGCCCGGAAGUUCAAGGGCAGCACCGAGCCCGGGUACUUCCAGACGCUGCUCCAGAAGGCGCUGGAGAAGCAGAACCCGGCCUCCAAGCAGAUCGAGCUUGACCUGCUGCGGACCCUGCCCAACAACAAGCACUACUCCUGCCCCACCUCGGAGGGCAUCCAGAAGCUUCGCAACGUCCUGCUGGCCUUCUCCUGGCGGAACCCGGACAUCGGCUACUGCCAGGGUCUGAACAGGUUGGUGGCGGUGGCCCUCCUGUACCUGGAGCAAGAAGACGCGUUCUGGUGUCUGGUCACCAUAGUGGAAGUUUUCAUGCCUCGAGACUAUUACACCAAGACGCUGCUGGGGUCCCAGGUGGACCAGCGGGUGUUCAGAGACCUCCUGAGCGAGAAGCUACCCCGUCUGCACAGCCACCUGGAACAGCACAAAGUCGACUACACCCUCAUCACGUUCAACUGGUUUCUGGUGGUGUUUGUGGACAGCGUCGUGAGUGACGUCCUCUUUAAGAUCUGGGAUUCCUUCCUCUAUGAGGGACCAAAGGUCAUUUUCCGCUUUGCCCUGGCUCUUUUUAAAUACAAGGAGGAGGAGAUCCUGAGGUUGCAGGACUCCAUGUCCAUUUUCAAGUAUCUCCGUCACUUCACGCGCACGGUCCUCGACGCCAGGAGACUGAUCGGUAUCUCCUUCGGGGACCUCAACCCGUUCCCCCUGCGCCAGAUCCGGAACCGGCGCGCCUACCACCUGGAGAAGGUCCGGCUGGAGCUGACGGAGCUGGAGGCCAUCCGGGAGGACUUCCUGCGCGAACGGGAUGCCAGCCCUGAUAAGGGUGAGCUGGUCAGCGAUGAGGAGGACACCUGAGUCCCCCGUCCCCACCCCCCACGAUGCUGCUCUUGCCUUCACAACCAAAGUGUGCCAAAGGGCGACCGCGGAGACGUCUCUGCUCCUUUAAAAGCCCGAAUGUAACGCCCGUGGUCUCUGGAGAUCUGCCGGGCAGACAUCCAGGGCCACACCGCACUUUCUCCUUUCCACUCGCGGUGGGCUUUGUCCUGUUUACAACUGUCUUCCGUGCCGUGGCACGUGGCUGCGCCUGUCCCCGGCUCGCGUGGUCUGUGCGCCCCCAGGUGAACUGGCUGGAUGUCUUCCAGGCCCUGUUUACUGCACGUGUCAGCUGGGUUGGUCAUUGGCGCGCGCCCUGGGGACCCCGUCCCAGGCGCCUCCCUGUCUCGCUCCUCCUGCACCCCGCGCGGCUGGGGGCCUCCGCCGAGCAGCCACACUGUGUGCUUCGCGCACUCCCGGGCCACAGUGUGGCUGCUCCGGGGGCACGAGGGUAGUGAAAAGGGGCCUUUCCUAGAAAAGCAAGUGCAUCCCACGCUCAGAAGCGGCCUGUAGAAAACCCACACACCUUCCCUGCGGGUAAGCAGCCUCGCCUCAACUCUGGAACAGCACUGGCCCUUCCGUGCACAGCGUUUCAAGCAGCGAAGGGCCUGGCUUUCCAGACAGCCCACACUCCCUCCUGGGCACCAGCUGGGCUCGCCUGCCCUCAGCCUGCCCUCUGCCUGGUGCAGAUCUCUGGGAAAUCCUUCUUUUUGGCUGGCUCCGAGUCACCGAGUCAUGGUCUGUGGAGGGAGCCGUCCGCAAAGCAGGCCCUGCCCUGGGGCCUCGGUAGAGGGGACAGAGCAGGGCCAUGGUGCAGGUUCCGGGUGACAGUCGAGGUCUCCUCUGCCUGCUGGUGUGGGGGGAGGCGGCUGCCGGGGCUUGGGGCACCGCUCGGGUCCCCUCCCCAGUGCUGCCCACGGGCAUCCGCUCUGGCAGCGUCCUUGUUCAUCGCCGAGGCCGUGGGGGUCACACCGCCCAGGCAGCUCCGGAGACGGAGCGCUAGCUGUUUGAAGCCCCGGAGAGAGGCUUUGCCCAAGGAAGUGGACUUCUGCUUUAUCACAGCGAGGACCGUCCCUGAUGCGGACGUGUGACACUGUUUCCUGGCACAGUAUUGCUCAAAUAGGAAAGAAAUGACUUCAAGUGGGAUUUUUACACUACCUGGAGAAGCUGGAAACAGCCCUUAGUUGAUGUGUUCGAUGCAGCCUGAGUGCUGAACCGAUGGAAUUUGGAGCGCUUUUUUCCCAAGUGGGGAUGUCCUGUCACCAGCGUUGAGCAGGGUCCAAGCCGGGUCCGCGUCUCCACAGACUGAGUUUCCGUCCCUAGGUUGGUUGACUUGAUUUUCGGGUAUCAGACGCGUUGCACCGUUGUUCGUUUCCUGGGAGUGGCUGGUGGCGUCCUCACUGCCAUUCGCGGACCCCCUGCCCUGGCCCCCACGCAGCUGCCGGCCUGGGGACAGCGGUGAGGAUGUGCGGCCGGAUCAGACCGUAGUUUCCAGAUCAAUUUCCCGGAGGUGACGGUGCUGCUGGUUUUGUCUGUCUUGCCCCAGAAAGAUGCAUCUUAAAGAUGUGGAUGGGGCCCAGGUUCCCACUGUACGUGGCUGGAGUCGUGGUUUCGGGGAGCGGCUGGCCGGGCUGUGCUGCUGCCUCCAGGCGGUCGUCCGAGGCCGGAAGUUGGUGUGAAAGCCGAGGGGUCGGGGGAAUGGGCCAGGGGUGCUGGCCUCUGGGUGUCCGGAGGGCAGGAGCGGAGCUCGGCCUGGUCCGGACGGGACAGGAUGGGUCCGUCGCUCCAGAACCACAGGGCCCGGAACGGCGCCCUCUCCUGCCCCCUCCACCGGGCGGGCAGCGUCCCGAUGGGGGGCCUCAGCACCGGCCCAGGGCCCCUGCAGGCUGGGUCUCGUGGCGACACUUCUUGCCCAAACGCGUGUACCAUGGCCAAGGGGAUUCCCUCAACGUGUUGGGGGGGGCACCUGCCAGCUUGCACGUGGAUGUGUUUUUGUUUCAUGGGUUGAACACGUUAAUACUUUUGUAUAUUUUUUCACUACAGUUUAUAUUUUUAUAGACUUUGUAUCGAGGUUUUUCUAGAUGACGUACAUCUAUUUUAUAUAACGAGUCUUGUGUACGGCUCCCUGUAUUUGUGUAUAAACCUGAGCACGACGUGGCUCCCCACUCCUGGGCCCCGGGCAUCCCGCCUCUGGCUCAUGCUGGGGCUGCUUCCCCGGGCAGCACCUCCCUGGUCACUUGCGGCCAUGCCGACAGCUGUCCAGCACCCGCUGGGGCUGGACCGAGACUGGAUUCUCCUCCAUUGUAUCCAUAUAGGAAAUAUUCUAGGCAGAUAGCCAGCGCGUUUUCCUUUUUGAAGCUAAACGUGUGUAUUGCACAAAUCCCCACCCUUGGCUUUGUGCCGCGUGGUCUUCCCCAGGUGCCCUGGGCGGCGGUCAGCCUGGGGCGGGAGGGGGUGUGCCGGCAGGGGGGCUGCUGGCAGGUGACUUUCCUUCAUGUCUCUGCAGCUUCUGUGCUCGUCUUCCAGUUAAACUUUGGAACGGUCCUACUAAAAAGCCAAAUAAACUACUAAUUUGUAUAACA